GACGCGGGGGUUUUCUCUGGUCGGCCCAGCAAACCCUUCCCGGGUCUGUGAAACUGCGCCUUUGGUCCCGCUGUGCCUGGGCGCGGAGCGCACUAUUCCGCUCGCUGGUCGGCGCGGUUAUUGGCCUUGGUUCUCGGACUGACCGCCCUCACCUUCCUCCCGGCCUCUACUCCGGGCCCAUCCUCGUCAGGGGCGCCUCGCGGCGGUGGCGGCCCCCCAGACUCGGCCCAGGACAACUAGCGGCCCACCUCCGCUCCGGGCUCGGAUGGGAGGUGGCGGGAGGAGCGGCCUGGGAUGUUCAGUCUGAUGGCCAACUGCUGCAGCUGGUUCAAGAGGUGGCGGGAGCCCGUCAGAAAGGUGACUCUUGUGAUGGUGGGACUUGAUAAUGCUGGUAAAACGGCAACAGCAAAGGGAAUCCAAGGAGAGUAUCCUGAAGAUGUAGCACCUACCGUUGGAUUUUCCAAAAUUGACCUUAGACAAGGAAAGUUUGAAGUCACCAUCUUUGACUUGGGAGGUGGAAAAAGAAUUCGGGGAAUCUGGAAGAAUUACUAUGCUGAAUCUUUUGGGGUAAUAUUUGUUGUGGAUUCGAGUGAUGAAGAGAGAAUGGAAGAGACAAAACAGACAAUGUCAGAAGUGAUAAGACAUCCUAGGAUAUCGGGAAAGCCUAUAUUGGUGUUGGCAAAUAAACAAGAUAAGGAAGGGGCUUUAGGAGAAGCUGAUGUGAUUGAAUGCCUGUCUCUGGAAAAACUGGUCAAUGAGCACAAGUGCUUAUGUCAAAUAGAACCUUGUUCAGCAGUCUUGGGAUAUGGAAAGAAAAUUGACAAGUCCAUUAAAAAAGGCCUUUAUUGGCUGCUACAUAUCAUUGCAAGAGACUUUGAUGCCUUAAAUGAGCGCAUCCAAAAAGACACAACAGAACAACGUGCUCUUGAGGAACAAGAGAACCGAGAGCGGGCUGAAAGAGUACGAAAAUUGCGAGAAGAAAGAGAACAAAGAGAGCGAGAGCAGGCUGAACUCGAUGGAACCAGUGGUCUGGCUGAGUUGGACCCAGAACCAAUUAUUGUUAAUCCUUUCCAGCCGAUAGCAUCUGUAAUCAUUGAGAAUGAAAAAAAACUUGAAAGAGAGAAAAAGAGGCAAAAUGUGGAGGAAGACAGUGAUGGCUGUCCCCUGAAACAUAAAAUGGAGCAUGAGCAAAUAGAGACACAGAGCCAGAUCAGUGACAGUAGCCAAAAAAACAAUGAGUUCGGAAUAGUAGAAAAUUAUAAGGAGGCAUUAACACAGCAGUUGGAAAAUGAAGAUGAGACAGACCAGCAGUCAUCAGAAUCAGAUAACAGUAAAAAGAAAACUAAGAAACUAAGAAUGAAAAGGAGCCACCGUGUAGAACCUGUUAAUACAGAUGACUCUGCUCCUAAGAGUCCAACACCACCCCCACCUCCUCCUCCUGUUGGCUGGGGAACCCCCAAAGUCACUAGACUUCCAAAACUUGAGCCUCUUGGUGAAACACGUCAUAAUGACUUCUACGGGAAGCCACUGCCUCCCCUGGCUGUGCGACAGAGACCUAACAGUGAUUCUCACGACGUCAUAUCAUAACCAGCUCAUGUGGACGCGCUCUGUUAAGGUCGGCAAGAUGAGCUGGAGGACCUUCUUUCUCACAGGAGAAAAACCCUGAACAUCGAUGACUGGGACAAGACAACCGUAGCAGUAUCAGUGAGCCAAAGACCUGACUGUUUUGAUAAUUACUUACCCAUGGUCUACAUGGUUCAAAGAAAAAAAAGAAGCAAAAUGACCAGCAAAUGGGACAAGCAUUUGGACCAAGUUAGCAAAAAUUACUGUUGACUCUGAUUUAUACAUCCCCACUCAUGGGCAUACUCCUGAAGGAAAAGCUGUUCAGAAAAAGAGCCAAUGGACUCUGUACACUUUCUUUACUAUUUGUUUAAUAGUCUUUAUUUCUGUAUCUUAAACAUUUGUAAGAUAUAUGUGCAUGGAAAGGGAAUUCUUAGGAAUUUAUAACCUAAAUUUUUAACUUUUUAUAUUUUUCUAAAACUUUGGUUUAAGAAUUUUAAUUACUAAGAUAUUGACUGUGCACUUUUCUAUAGAUGCUUUGUUUAAAUUGUGUCUGGAAAAUGGAGUUGAUUUACUUGACAGACAUGAGCUAUACAAACAGGAUAUAUUUAUAUGGUUUGAGGUAUGUUUUAUAAUAGUACUGUUCUUGAAAUAUACAUCCUAAUUUUACCUUAUUUUAAGAUAUCUUUUUAAAAUCGAUUCUCAGAUUUUUAUUUUACCAAAUUAUGUUAUUUGAAAGCACUAAUUAAUUAAUUGAAUUUUUGUUGUUGUUUGUUUUCUUUGGUGAUGUUCCCAAUAAAUGAGAGACACUUGCAAUACCUUUUGACUUAAAUGCUUUUUAAAUUAAUAAAAAUGUUUUCUGAGAUAUUAUUAAAAGUCCCAAUAAACACCUCAUUCAAAGACUAGAUUUUUCAGAGAUCAGGGUGCUCCUUCUCACUCCCUUGUUCUAUCAGAAGCUUCAGUGACUCUUUUAGGUUAUUCUAAUUCUUUUUUGCCUUGAAAUUAAAGGCAAAAAGACCGGAAAAGCUACUGUAGUCCAGAGACUUUAUUUUAUAACCGGGAAAUACUUGGGUACUAAAGAAAUAAGAAUGAAAUGGUGGUUUAAAUUACAUUAAUAAAGAAAUAAUUCCAAAAUAAUUACUUAAUUUAAAAUAAUGGUACUUCUCUUGCACUGAAGAACGGCAUCUAUAGAAUUCUUUCCUCAUCUGGCAGUUAGACAAACUUUUAGAUAUAUAUUUUGAAUAAUAGAUUCAAAUGUUUAAUUAAAAGUAUCCAUUUACAUCAAGGUGAAAAUAACCCAGCAGUCCCCAACCUUUUUGGCACCAGGGACCAUCCCCCCCACACACCGUCUGUGGAAGACAAUUAUUCCACGGGCAGUGGUGGGGGGAUGGUUCAGGAGGUAAUGUGAGUGAUGGGGAGCGAUGGGGAGCGGCAGAUGGAGCUUCGCUUGCUCGCCUGCCCCUCACCUCCUGCUCUGUGGCCCGGUUCCUAACAGGCCAAGGACUGGUACCGGUCUGCAGCCCGGGGGUUGGGGACCCCUGCCGUAAACAGUAAUCACCUUGUUAAAAUUGGUCAGUUUGGCAACUUGUACUGAUAGCAGACUUAUACUGGUAUCUGACAAUAACAUGAUUAAGUAUGUCUAAGUUUAAUACGAUUAUUUACUUUUAAAAUGUUCCUUUAGAGCAUCACAUUUUAUUCACAUUUUUUAACUCAUUGAACGCGUUUAUUAAUCAGGUCACUUACUACUGUAGUCAACAUCAUAUGCAGUUUUUUGGAGUUUUGUACAUGGGAACUACUUAGCACACUGAGUAGAAAAAGCAUUCUAUUUCAGAUACAAAAUUCAUAACAACCUAAAUUUGAUACGUGACCGAAGUGUAAGGAAAAGCAACACAAGAAGACAGAAUGUAAAUUUUGAAUUGGAUUUUAGAGAAAAAACUUGUUUGUAUAUCUUUUUUGGUUCCUUUUUGUAAAAUUUACAUUUAUUCAUUUUCUAAAACCUAAACUAACACU